AUGUUCCAAGAGCACUACAAUGCUCUCCUCUCUAUGGAUUUUGUGGAGACCAAGUACCCACAUGAUGACACAAUGAAGGCACUUGGGAUCUUCAAGGAUGUGGAGUUGGUGCUCAAGAACAUGCACUUGGCUAAAUUCUUCUCUCAUAGGAUGGAGUCUUACAAGGAGUUGACUUGUGAGUUCCUAGCAUCAUUGAUAUACCAUGAGUAUGAUGAAGAGGAUAGAGCCGAUUUGGAUCAAGGUUGGGGAUGGAUCACGUUUUUGGCACUUGGGGUAAAGAGAAUGGUCAUUUUUAUGCAGCUAGAGAUCUUGUCUGGCUUCAACUAUGGGGAAGGAACUCAAUGGAGGUUCAAUGAAAAAGAUCUCCAAAGUGUUUGGGCUACAAUCGCUGAAGGAGAGUACUCUUCCUCAAGGUCCAAGGCUGCUCAGAUUAGGAGUCCUGUGCUGAGAUAUGUGCACAAAGCGCUUGCCAACACCUUCUUUGCAAGGAAAGCAACCGGAACUAUCACUGAAGGAUAG